AUGGCACAGAAAGUGACACCAGGCACCUCUGUGGACGGGAUUUGUCCCACCUACAUGUACAAAGUGGUUCUGCUGGGGAGCAUGUCAGUGGGAAAGUCAAGCUUGGCCUACCGAUACAUGAAAAAUGACUUCAAGGAGUUGCUGCCAACCGUGGGAUGUGCCUUCUUCACAAAAACACUCAACCUAGAAGCAGCCACUGUCAAGUUUGAAAUCUGGGACACAGCAGGCCAGGAAAAGUACCACAGUGUCUGCCACCUCUACUACCGGGAUGCCCAUGCUGCUCUUGUCGUUUAUGACAUUGCUAACAAGGAAACAUUCAACAAAGCAAAGCUGUGGCUGGUGGAGCUGGAGAAGAAAUUCCUUCCCAAUGAAAUUGUCAUUGCUUUGGUUGGCAACAAGAUUGACCUUGCUGCUGAGCGAGAGGUUGCCACUGAGGAGGGGCAAGAGUUUGCACGGACAAAAGACCUCUUGUUUAUGGAGACAUCUGCAAAAUCCAAUCAUCAAGUAAAUGAUAUCUUCAUGGCUGUAGUCCAAGAGCUCCUGCGGCGGGAAGAAGAGAAGGCAUCCACCCCAUCCCCACAUGGGAGGUCAACAGUCAGCCUGGAGGAGAGCAGGGCAAGGAUGAGGUGCUGCUAG